AUGGCGCUGUACUGGUUCGGAGUGGCCCUGCUGGGGCUCUUCUACGCCUCCGUCGUUGCCGUGGGCCUGUGGACGGGCAUGCGCCGGGGCUCGGGCCACGUGCGCAGCGAGCGCAUCAUGCUUGCCGGACGGCAGACGGGACUCUUCGUCGGGAUCUGCACCCUGACCGCGACUUGGGUGGACGGCAGCCUGUUGACCUCGACCGUGGACGUUAUCGCCAACAGGGGCCUCCUCUGGUGCCAGCUGCCGGUGGCCUUCGUUCUCAGCUUGGUUAUUUGCGGUGCCUUUUUCGCGGGCCCCAUGUGGCGUGCCGGGCACACGACCAUGCUGGACCCCCUGCAGGUGGCGUUCCGCAGCAGAGCCACGCCGCUGCUCUUCCUGCCCAUAUUUAGCGGGGGACUCCUAUAUUGCGGCUCCAUCCUCAAGGCACUCGGGGCCACCGUGAACGUGGUGACGGGACUGGAUCCGAUCACGGCAAUGUCACUCUCGGCUACGGUAGCUGUCCUGUACACAGCGCUGGGGGGCCUCUACUCAGUGCGGUACACAGACAUCGUGCAACUUACUUGCAUCCUGGUCGGUAUGUGGCUGUGCGUGCCCUUCCUCCUGAGCAACGAGCACAAGGGCGAUCUGAGCAGUAUUCCCUUCCAAGACUGGACGGGGCGGCUGGAGCUGUGGCAGCUGCCGUCCUACCUGGACACGAUGUUCAUGCUCACCCUGGGCUCCGUCGUCUGGCAGGGCAGCUUCCAGCGACUACUGUCGGCGGAGAGUGAGUCGGCAGCCAAGAUCAUGGCGUACGCCGGGGCAUUGGGCAUGCUGCUCGUGUCUGUGGGGGCCGUACUGCUCGGAUGUGUGUCCAGAUUCGCCGACUGGGACGCGACAACGUACGGGGACGACCACGGUAGCCGGAGCCCCCUGGGAGACAAUUCGCAGAGCUCGUUCCUGCUGCCGCUAACGCUGCACUACUUCACGCCGGCCGCAGUCUCGUCCCUGGGCCAAGGGGCCGUGGCCGCGGCCGCCAUGUCGUCCAUCGACUCGACUCUGCUCAGCAUGAGCACGCUCUUCACCAGAAACAUCUACGUGGCGCUGCUGAGGCCACAGGCGUCCGAGCGCGAGCUGGUGUGGACCCUGCGACUGAGCACGGCCCUGGCCGCCCUGUUCGGCGUCCUGGUGGCAGUGUCCCCGGUUUCCGUGUACGGCCUGAGCGUCCUGAGCAGCGACUACCUGUACAUCAUCCUGUUCCCGCAGUUUGUGGCCGCCGUCCACUUCCCGUCCAUGUGCAACGCGUAUGGCUCGCUGGCCGCCUUCUGUCUGGGGCUCGCCCUCAGGUUCCUGGUCGGCGAGCCGUUUCUGGGCCUGCCCGCGGUUUUCGGGGGCCACGACCCGGUCUCCGGCGAGCAGCUGUUCCCCGUCAAGACGGCCAUCAUGCUAGUCAGCCUGAUCACGCUGCUAGUCGCGUCGGUUGCCACCAAGACGCUGUUGGAGAAACUGCCGCCCAAGUACGACGUGCUCACCGUGAGGGACUCGAUGCGGGACACGACGCUGGCUUUAGUGCCGCAGCUACCCGAAAAAGCCCUUCUGGACGCCGACUUGCUGGCGUACGACUUGCUGAAGACGGACGCUCGAAAGGACUCGCUGGGCGCGGGGACAAUUGACCGAAUUUGCUGA